GUCAAACUACACCUUAGUGAAGAUCAUCCUUGUCCAUCUUCUCAGAACUGCCGCUGUUUAUCGGCAGCUAUUCUGAGCCAGUCGGGGAAGGAUCGAGGGAUCUCGGUGAUUUCCGGGAUCGGACGGAAAAGCACGAGUUGGACCGGGACUGGCUGGUGGACACACGCUGAGGCAAGAGAGGAGAGCACAGAGACAGUUUCCACCGCCGUCCCUUGAACUCGCUCUGCUUGUCCCUCGCGGCUGCAGCUCCACACAGCCGGAGCCGUAGUGACUACCACCCUCCCCGCUUCCGAGAUGAAAAGUCACCGCCUGCUUGCACUGACUGCGGUCCUCCUGAUUUUGGCAGAAGUAUUUUGCGAAGAGAUCUCUCCAAGUGAAGACACAUCGCUUUGGCUCGCCAGCAAUCAAAGUCAGGAAAGGCAACUGAACGAGAACUCUGUUCGGGAUCUCCUGCGCCGAAUGGUCAGGAAACCGCGUCCUGGGAAGUUCUACGCCUUAAUGGGAAGGCGAUCACUAGGAAGCAAGCCAAUGAGUCAAAAACGACUUAAGUUAGAGAGGUUUGUUGGACUUAUGGGAAAACGCUCAUCAGCUGUUGGUUCCCCUUCUGAGUACAAAGUUGUACAAGAUUUUGUCCAAGGGCAUUAAUAAAUCAUGAAGAGUGAAAUAAAUUGGUCAGCAAUUAUUUUAAUUUGCUAGCAGGUGUCAAUAAUAUUGUAUCCUUCACUAGAGAGAAUUGAUUAUUAAAGGAAAUAGUUGUUAUGUCUUCCCCCAACUAUAGUUAUUUUACUGCCAUAUUUAGUAAUAUAUAGCCAAACAUUGUAAUUGUCCAGAUAAAAGUGUAAUAAGAAAAUUUUGAUAACACUCAGCUGUAUCAAUGUUAACUGGGGAAAUAAAUAGCCCCUUAAUUAAUGUACUAU